AUGGCAGACGGGGUGAAGAAACCAAAGUGGAAGCGAACGAGAGCUCCCCAGCGUUGUGAGAAAGAUAAAAGAGUGUUCGAUGGUUAUACCAACGCUUCUAAUACGUUAGAUUUAUUCUUCUAUUUAGGCGAUAAUGCUCCCCUAAAGCUAUUAUUAGGCCUUAAGAAAUGGGUGAGGACACACAACUUAGGGGAUUUGGAGGACUCCCAUACCCCAUUCACCUCCGCUCAAGCAGCAGCACCAUCGUUAUCGCAUAUUGAAAGUAUUUUUGGCGUCGAGCUCUAUGCUGGCUGGUCGAGCUGUGAAAGUGAAGAAAUUUGUUGCGAUGAUGCCGACCCCGCCAUGAAUUGCGGCAGUGAGGAGUUGGUCUCAAAGCGACUUUAUCAUAAUUGGAACGCCCGUCUCAAAGCUUACAAGAGAGCCUUUGGCCCCUCAAAAGCUUGCUUCUUAAGACGCGGCAGUAAAGCUGGAAUUGAUCUAUGA